CCUUCUCAACAACAAUCUCACAUGGAUUUUCUAUGGAGAGUUUUCUUCUCAAUCAUCCACAUUUUAAUCUUGCCGUACUAACAACUCCGGACUGCACCCACGGCGCAAACUUGCUAUCUAAUCUCGUUAGGAAGUCCGAUGGCCUUUAAUGCAUCACGAGCAGCGUUAUUGGCGGCGGACGGCUCUUCUGUGCCGAGAGGGGCAGCUUGAACCAAUGAUGCUCAUGCAUUUCAAUACAAUGGGCACAAAGUCUGAGGACCAUAAGGUGGAUCGCCGGGUCUAACCUUUUUAUUUCCAAGUGUAGAAAUAUCGUGCAUGUCCUUCGACGGUAAGUGGGAUCUCCAUCUUUGGCCAACAGUUGCUCUUGCUGUUGUUUUUUCCAUAGUACUUGCUAUGUUACACUUCUCGUUGUUAUGGCUCAAGACCUUUCUUACCUUGGAGAUGCAGAGAAGGCAGAAGAGAUAGGAGCUAGUGUUCAAGGCGCUGUUUUUGAGGAACCAGCAAAGCCACAUUCAGAACCACUCCAGGAAGCCAACACAACUCAUGGACAGCAAGAAGAAACUCAAGUUGUUCAAGAUGAGGCCCAGGAUCUUGAGGCGUUGGCAGCCGUCACCACUGGACCUGUCUACUCGGCAUUCAGUAAUUUUAAGAAGAAAUACAUUGUUGUAAUGGUUACAUGGGCAGCUUUUAUUUCACCUACAUCAGCCAAUAUCUAUUUCCCAGCUUUGAACCCUUUGCGAAAGGAUCUCAAUGUAUCGACCACACUCAUCAACUUGACUCUUACCUCCUACAUGAUCUUCCAAGGAUUGGCGCCGACAGUGUUCGGAGACUUAGCAGAUAUGGCAGGCAGACGACCGGCUUAUAUCAUUGCGUUCAUUAUAUAUAUGGGUGCCAACAUUGGUCUGGCGUUGCAAAACAGCUAUGCAGCACUCUUCAUUCUUCGAUGUCUGCAAAGUACUGGGAGCAGUGGUGCAAUUGCUCUGGGCUACGGUGUCGUCGCAGAUGUAUCGACAAGUUCUGAAAGAGGAACAUAUAUGGGCAUCGUUGGAGCUGGGACGAUGAUGGGUCCAGCAUUGGGCCCAGUUAUUGGUGGUAUCCUCGCUCAGUUCCUGGGAUGGCGGUCUAUUUUCUGGUUUCUGGUCAUCUUCACUGGCUGCUUCUUGGUACCGUACAUCCUCACUGUCCCUGAAAGCGGUCGAAAUGUAGUAGGCAACGGCUCUAUUCCACCGCAAGGUUGGAACAUGACUGUGCUCGAAUGGUGGCAACACCGCAAGGAAGAGAAGUCUGGGGAGCUCUCUCGAACCGAAAUAGCCGAAGGUCGUCGUCUUGCUCAAGCAGAGCUUGCUAAGGGUCGCAAGCUUCGCUGGCCUAACCCACUUAAGACAGUCUACAUCAUUAUGGAAAAAGACGUCGCUAUGGUCUUGUUCUACAACUCUCUCAUUUAUACCGCCUUCUAUGACAUCAUGGCCUCGAUCCCAUCACUGUUCCAAGAAAUAUACCAUUUCAACGACCUGCAAAUCGGUCUUUGCUACAUCCCUUUCGGCUGCGGUUGUGCCGUCGCUUCAUUCGUCAAUGGCAGACUACUAGACCGCAAUUACAAGAAAGUUGCAAGACAGAUCGGCUUCACCAUCGACCGCAAACGAGGCGACGACCUCCGCCACUUCCCUAUCGAAAGAGCGAGGCUGGAAAUCAUCUGGCCGCUUCUCUACACAGGCCUAGCCUGCAUUCUCUGCUACGGCUGGGCUCUUGAGAAGAACGCUAAUCUCGCCGCACCUCUGAUCCUCCAAUUUUUCAUUGGUCUUUGCGUCAAUGGCUCCUUCAAUAUACUUAGUACCCUCGUCGUCGACCUUUAUCCUCAGAGCCCGUCGACUGCUACGGCAGCGAAUAAUUUGGUGAGAUGUUUUGUUGGUGCGGGUGGUACGGGAAUCAUUAAUAUUAUGAUUGAUAGAAUGGGGAGAGGCUGGUGUUUUACAUUCAUCAGUCUUGUUUGUGCGCUUGCUAGUCCGAUGUUACUUGCUGAGUUGAAGUGCGGAAUGAAGUGGAGGGAGGAAAGGAGGGUGAGGAUGGAUAAGAAGAAAGAAGAGAAGAAAGAGAGGGAGGCGGCGAGGGAGUCGAGUUUCAGUUCUGUUGAGAGUGCGGGGACGGAGGAGGAGGUUGAGACGCCAUUAGGGGAGGAGAAGAAGGAUGAAAAGUCGUAAAGAGGCAACGGGGUCCUGAAAGCAUAGAGAAUGUUAGAACUUGAAUCAACAAUAGUCUAAAGCGCCAAUUAGCAGAC